AUGUUUAACUAUAAAAUUUAUUAUAAUAAAUUGAAUGGAUAUUACAUAAUUUUAGGUAUAUUAAUUAUUCCAAUUCUAUUGAUUUUAUUACAAAGAUAUUUUGUACAUGAAUAUGAUGGAAUACAUGAAGUAUUAAAGAUUUAUUCAACAUUUUAUGAAUUAAAAAGGGAUUUAAUUAAUGGGAAACUCAAGUUGAACACUGAAAAAAUUAAAGAAAUUGUAAUUUAUGGGGAAACAACAGUUCCUAUCAAUACUGAACUUCGAGGUUGUCUAGUAUCGAAUUGUGUCCUUCAUCAGACAAAAUGGCGUUCAUAUUAUGCUGAAAUGGUUAUUAUUACCAAUGGUCAUUUUCCAAAUGUUAAAAACAAUCAAAAUCAAGUCUGGUUAGCAUAUCAUUAUGAAGCGCCUCCACAUAGUCGUUUAAAUAAACUAUUAGGUGAGAAAGUAAGUAUAUGUGUAUAUUUUGCAGUACUAUAUAUUAGUCUACUGUAUAUUACAUAA